AUGAUUGGGCUAUGUAAAGAUGAUGAUGAUAAUAAAAUGUUCUACUUUUUCCCUAUUAUAGGUGGAGCGCUGUUGGCGUACGAUACAAGUUCCGGCACCAACUUCACAAGUAACUCCUCCCAAGGCUUCAGCUUCAUCUGUUUCCCUGAAGUUCCCAGCUCGGACAUAGCAGGCCCGCUCGUGUUCUUACUCAUUGUGGCCAUCGUGUCCAAUGUGCUCUUGUUGCUCAUCCUCUUCUUUGAGCCGAGGCUCCACCACCCGAUGUAUUACUUCUUGGCCAUGCUGGCCAUGGUGGACAUCCUUCUCUGCACUGUCACAACGCCCCGAGUCCUGCUCAUCCUCUGGACGGAAGAUAAAACCAUCACGGAAGCGGCCUGCUUUAGCCAAAUGUUCUUUAUCACCUUCUGGUCGGCCAUGGAGUCCUCCAUAUUUCUAGUCAUGGCUUACGAUCGAUAUGUGGCUAUCUGCAACCCUCUUCACUACCCUACCAUUGUGACGAACAAACUUGUGGCCAAGGCUUGCGUGUUCACUGUUGUCAGGAAUUUGGUGGUCGCCUUGCCGCCUCCUCUACUGGCGUCAGGUCUUGACUAUUGCGCCAGUAGACAAAUUCUUCAUUGCUUCUGCGAGAACAUGUCUGUGGAGAAGCUGUCUUGCAGCGACUACACCCCCAGCAGCAUCUUUGGGUUGGUGUGCUUCUUGUUGUUCGGAGGAACGGACGUUUUCCUCAUCGUCGUUUCCUACAUCCUCAUUCUCCGCACGGUGGUGAUAGCUCGCUCCUUCAGCGCUGCCUGUAAAGCCUUCCGCACAUGUGGCUCUCACCUUAUUGUAAUCUGUAUAUUUUACUUCACAGUGGCCUCCACGAUAGUGUCCAUCCGGACCAUCCAGGAGCUACCCCACCCUGUUCAUGUAAUAUUUUCUAUUCUGCACCAUCUUUUGCCUCCGUUGCUGAACCCAAUUGUGUAUGGGAUGUUGACCAAGGAGAUCAGACACUCUGUAGAGAGGAUGAUUGGGAAGAUAAAGAUCCAUCCAUGAGUUGUGUGUGACUGGAAACAGGACUCAUCU